AUGUCUGACAAUAAGAAGGCUAUUGUUUCUCUAUUGUAUUCUGCAGACUAUUUACCAGGUGUUUUCACUUUAGGGUAUCAAUUGAAUUUCUUAUUGAAUCAAUGUCAUCCCGAUUUUAAAAGACAAGUUACUUUAGUGUUGAUGGUAACAAAAUCAGUAUAUGAAAAUGAUUUAUCGCAAUAUACAAGAGACAUUUUGGAUUCCCUAUAUACACAAAUCAUAAAGAUUGAUCCUUUAAAAUUCCAAGAUUAUGCAAUGGUUAAGAAUGCCCAGAAUUUAAACCUAAUUAAUAGACCAGAAUUAUCAUAUGCUUUAAUCAAGAUUAAAAUUUGGAAUUUGAUCCAAUUCGAUAGUGUUAUUUAUAUGGAUGCUGAUACUUUGCCCUUAACCGCCGACUUUUUUUCCAUUUUCAAUUUCACUCAAAACCAAAAUGAAUGGGAAAUUGCUGCUUCUCCAGAUAUUGGCUGGCCUGAUAUGUUCAACUCCGGUAUAUUUGCAUUAAAACCAAAUUUAAAAGUUUCUCAAGAGUUAUCCAUCUUUGCAUUCCAUAAUACAUCUAUUGAUGGUGCUGAUCAAGGUAUCUUAAAUCAAUUCUUUAAUCCAAUUUGCAAGUCAUCAAAAGGCAACUCUAAUCCUCAAACUAAUUGGAUUAAUAUACCUUUCUUAUAUAAUAUGACCAUUCCAAAUUCAGGCUAUCAAUAUACACCUGCUUUAAAUUAUUUCGAAAAUGAUAUUAAAUUGGUUCAUUUCAUUGGUAGUAACAAGCCUUGGAAAAACUGGUCUCCUCAAUCAAAUUCGAAUGAUAAUAAAUUCAUCAAGACUUGGAAUGAUAUUUAUUAUGAUUUCCAAUUAUCAAAAGGUUUAAUCAAAAAUUUACAAAAUUUAAACAUUCAAACUUAUAUAUCUCCAAAUGAUAUUCCUGCUACAGAGAUCUUUAAUCCAAAUAUCAAUUAUACUGAACAAUUUGAGUCUGUAUCAUCUUCUAUGGUUCCACAACAAACUACACUACCUUCUAAUAAUAAUAGUGAUAUCUUCCAACAACAACAGCAACCUCAACCAUCACAGAACAAUUAUCCUACUAAGCCAGUCAUAGAAAUCAAGAUCGAAACUCCAAUGACUUCAGUACCGGAAAUUACUGACGAGGAAAUAGAAAGAAAUAAUUAUGGUGAUUCAUUAUAUUCCUUUGUUAAAUCUGUGUAUCAAGAAAAUAAUUACAAUCCAGAUGCCUCUGUAAAGAGAUAUUGGGGUCAAGAAAAUAAUACUUUGGCAAAUCCAAAACUAUCAUUAUUCUCAUCACACCCAUUUGAUUCUUCUUGGAAAGCUCCAUUAGAGAACCAUCAUAUCGAAGAAGAACAACUACAACCACAACCACAGCAUAAUAAACCAUCUAAUAGUAAUGUUCCAUACGGUGUUCUACCAACUCCUAAUGAAUUAGCUUCUGCAUUAGAUCAUGAACAAUUGAAUGAAGUGUCAAAGAGACAUAUCUUUUCAUGGGAAACCACUGAUUACUUGUCAAAUGUGGAAAGAUAUUUCCCUGAUUCAAAUGAUUUUACUGAAACUCAAGAUCAAUAUUCUCCCCAGCUUCAAAAGAAGGAACCAAGACCUUGGGAGCCAAAGUCGAUUGAUAAACCAACCAGAGUAUUCCCUGGUGAUGAAAAGUUUAUUAAUCCAGAGAAGAUUCCAAACGAAAUGAUUAAGUCUAACGCAAAUUUAGAAGCACAAAACUUGAGAAAAGAUUCUAUUGCCGGCUUUAGAGAAAGUGCUCCACCUCCACAUUUACUUGGAGAAAAAGCGAAUGACAAAGAAGAAGAAGAAGAAGAUAAUUCACAUUUCGAAGAAACUGUUUCAGCUCCAAAGAAUGUAUUUUAUCCACAUGGCAAUCCAAAGAACAAGAAAACUCCAAAAAAGGGAAAAAAAGUAGUAAUAGUUGAGAAUAAACUUCAAGAUGAUAAUUCUGUAAUUUCAUCUCUUCCUUUGAAGCAUCAUUCUCAUACUCGUCAACUUUCAUCUAGAUUACCAUUAAAGAAGAAGCAUAGUAUAAAAGAAUCAUCUAGUGCCUUAUCUAGAUCAUUAGAAAGGCAAGCCCAAGAAACUUCUAAAAAACAAAUACAAGAGCCUACUUCCAAAAAGCAAGUUCAUGAACAUUCUUCCAAAAAACAAAGCCCCUCCCCAUCAUCGAAACCAAAUAAAGAGUCAUCUCCACCAUCAACCAAAGAAUUGCCUCACCCCCAUCACCACCAUAAUCAUCACCAUGGCAACCACUCUAAACAUCACAAACCUCAAAAAGCACAUAUAGAUAAGAAUGAUAAAGAGAAUAUUUCUGCAAUUCCUAGUAAAAAGACUAGUAAUGAUGAUAUCGAAGAGAAAAAACCUGAAGUCAGCCAUAAUGAUUCACCAGUACAAAACUCAAAGCAUAAACAUCACCAUAACCAUAAAUAUACAAAGGCAUCUGAAAAACCUCAUGAUCACGCAAAAGAUCACGCUGAUGGUUUGACCAAGGAAGCAGUAGAUGAUAAUGAUAAACACAAGAAUGAGCACCAUAAAACAAAACAUCAUCACAAGCAUGGUAAGAGGCAUGGUAAGCAACACUCUGUUGAGAACGAAAAGAAGCAAGCUGUAAAUACACAUACAAGAAAAAAAUCUAUAAUUCUAGAACGUGUUGAUAAACAAUUGCACACACCUAUUCCAAGUAAGAAAUGCUUAAAUGAAUUAGAUCUAAACCAAUGGGACGAUAAUAGAAUCCAUAAGACUUCUUCUAAAGUGGAUGCCAAGAAAGAGCGCAUCCCAACAGUAGUUGGUUUUGAGAACACUGAAUAUUUAUCCAAAGUAACAAGAGUUUUCCCUGAUUCUGAUGAUUAA